CUAGCUUGACUUUAGUGUUACGGUUUAAAAAAAAAAAAUCAAAUCGGAAGUUUUGUUUUUUAAACUUGAGCGGUGAUGACAGUUUAAUCAAUCUGAACUUACUAUUUCCUGAAAUUCUCAACUUCUCUUUGCAGUAGGAAAUCUAUUUAUAAACCCUUGUGUUCGAUCUGUUGAUAUUUUAACAUGAGACGUAUUGGGAUUGUGGGCUACGGACAUUUAGGGAAGUUCCUCGUUGAAAAGGUUCAGGAACAUCCUGACCUUGACCUUGCCUUUGUGUGGAACAGAUCACCAGCUGCUCUUGAGGGAUUUCAGCGGGAUCAGAUCCUGUGGGAUUUAAAGGAUUUCAAGGAAAGAAAUGCUGACCUUAUUGUGGAGGUCGCACACCCUGAUAUAACGAGAGAAUGGGGGCCCAGAUUUCUACAGGAAGCUGAUUAUAUGAUAGGGUCUCCUACUGCACUAAGUUCACAAGAGCUGGAGACCAGUUUAAGGGAGGCAGCCAGUAACCAUGGUCUGUACGUCCCAAGUGGGGCCUUUUGGGGGGCAGAGGACAUCAGGAAAAUGGCCGAUAGAGGGACUUUACAGAACCUAAAGGUUACAAUGACUAAGCACCCCUCAAGCUUCAAAUUAGACGGUGAACUGAAGACAAAGAAUGAGCAGGUCAAGGAGAACAAAGUUAUUUUGUACGAUGGACCCGUUCGACAGUUAUGUCCCCUGGCCCCUAACAAUGUGAACACAAUGGCUGCUGCUGCUAUCGCUGCACAUAACCUUGGAUUUGACAAGGUCACUGGAUCCAUAGUGUCAGACCCUAAAUUAACGGACUGGCAUAUUGUGGAGGUGGAGGUCUGGGGACCAAACGGAUUCAAUGUCAAGACAGUCCGGAGUAACCCUGCAGCUGUCGGGGCGGUCACUGGAACAGCCACAUAUGCCUCUUUCCUCAGUAGCAUGCUGGGUGCUAAAGGCAGAGGACCAGGCGUUCACCUUUGUUGACAGAAAGUUCAAUACUAUACCACAGAAAUGCAGAAAUCAAAUAUUUCACUUUACACCAACAGACCACAGAAAGUGAAAUCAAUGUACACUAGGCCUCACGACAGACCGCAGGAUUAGUGAAAUAUUUCACAGUACACUAGGUCACACGACAGACCGCAGGAUUAGUGAACUAUUUCACGGUACACUAGGUCAACAGACUGCAGGAAGCAAAGCAUUCCAUGGAAUAAUGAUAGUGUGGACCGACUUUUGUUGACAGAGAUGCACUGUAUAUGUAAUAUGUAGAGUCCAGUUCUGGUUUGUGGUCAAUGAAGAAUCUAAUAUUAAAUCUGUAAUGGAAAUAUUCAAGUUCAAACUUAUAAUAUUCUUCAGAAUUCAUUAAAGGACUUUUGCUACCAAAAAAGAAAUGGA